AUGCGCUGGGCUGCGCUGCCGCCGUCGCUGCCGCUGCGGCGCUGGGGGUGGCGUUGCCCGCCGGCCCCGCCGCUCCCCGCCCCGACACGUGGUGCUGGUGCCGCCGCCGCAGCGCCCGCGCCGCGCCCGCCCCCGGGCCCGGGCAGGUGCGGGGCUGGGCGCGGCCCUGGGCACGGCCCUGGGCACCUGCCCGGCCCCCCGGCACCUCCCCGGCCCCCCGGCACCUCCCCGGCCCCCCGGCACUGCCCCGGCCCCUCGGCAUCGCCCCGGCCCCCCGGCACUGCCCGGCUGCCGGCAUCGCCCCGGCCCCUCGGCAUCGCCUCGGCAUCGCCCCGGCCCCCCAGCACCGCCCGGCCCCUGGGCACCUCCCGGCCCCUCGGCAUCGCAGUCCGACCGGGCUUACCGGGCCCUGGCCGCGGAAGGGGGAAAGGAGCGUGGGCACAAGGAAACGGGAGCAGAGGGCAGAUGAUGCCAGUAGAAACACGACGGACGUGUUCUCAGUGUACCCUAAUGCCGUCAGAACAUGAGGGAACAGAACCUAUUUCCAUUGCCGGUGUGACAGGGGGAUCACAAGAAUUGACCCUGUUGGAAGCCAAGGUAGAUAAGAGUCUGAUUUUGAAUCCUCUUCACUGUGGGAAAGGCAAAGGAUGCAGUGAAAUAUGUAUAUCAGAAAGUUUCCCAGGAACUGAAGAACACUCUUGCAGAGCUCUUAAGCCCCUGAAGGACCCCACACAAGAGGAGAGGGAUUUGCCCUGAGGGCAACUGUGGCCCAUGGAAAUCCAGCAAUGGAGCAGAUUCCUGGCAGGAACUGUGGCCAGUGGGAGAGGAGCCAUGAAGGAGAAGGUUUUUCUGGCAGGACCUUUGGAGCAAUUUGUUCUCAAAGGACUGUUCCCUGUGGGAAGGAUCAACACUGGAGAAUUUUCUGAAGGAAUGUAUCCUGUAGGAUGUACUCCAUGCUGGAGCAGUGGAAAAGCAUGAAGAGGAAGGAGCAGCAGAGACAAAGUUGUGAGUUGUGAACUGAUUCCAACCUGCACACCUCAUCUCCCUGAUCUGCUUGGGGUAGAGAAAGUAAAAGAGUCAGGAGUGAAGUCUGGGAAGAAGGGAUGGUGGAGGGGAAAGUGUUUUUAAUUUUGUUUUUAUUUCUCACUUUCCUAUUGUUAUUAACUGACUGUCUUGGGUUGAAAAAUGUAACCAAAAAUGUGUAUUCUAUUUUCAUCUGUUGAAGCCGGUUGGGAGAUAUUGUUCCUUGUCUCUUGUAACUCUAGAAGUGGAAAGAGGGCGGAUGCCUUCUGCUAGUGGGACGCCUGAUAACACCAGAUAAGGCAGGGCCUCCUUAUCUCUUCCUCCACCCAUCCUCCUCUGAGGGACAUCACCUGUGAAAGGGCCAUUUAGGGCCUCUCACAUGACUGAUAACAUCACCUCAUCCCAUUGUGAGAUGCUCCACCCAGUGGGAGGAGCCAAAGCCUUUCCACUGAGAUAAAAUCUGCAAUCCCAAACACCAAGGGAGCCUGUUUCCACUGGAUUCACAGAGGAUGACUUUUUUCUUCCAGGAUCCUCCUUUCUUGAGGAUCAUCUCUACUUCAACGGAGCCACAACUGUCACUCCAGGAGGACUUAUCUUGGCCUGCUUCCAACACCCUGACCAACAGGGUGUCAGGUUUGCAUUCUGACCCUGUCAGUGGUCCUUUGUACUACUGCAUUUAUCUUAUUUUAUUUUAUUUUAUUUUAUUUUUACCUUUCUUGUUGUUUGUUCUCUCUCUAUUAAAUUGUAUUUCUGACUUGGAAUCCCACUGGUUUUGCUUUCAAACCAGCACACUGACAAUAAAUAAAAUUAAUUUUGCUGAAGUCGUGUCUCUUUUACCCAUAAUAGUAAUUGGUGAAUGGUCUUCCUGUAACUGCCUGAUUCAGUCCCUUUAUGAAGAUCACUGUUGGAUUCUUCACUGACAUUGUCUCAACCAUUUCCAGCUGACUUCUAUUUUCCACAUUUUUCUGCUGUCUCUGCAGCUCUGAUGUAG